CUUAACUUCAAUUUUUUUUUUUUAUAAAAUAUCCUCCUUUUACAAUUGGUAUUAGGUAACACUUGUUACCGGGUUUCAUUGUAGUGUUGGUGACCUCUGUGAAAAGCUGCAUUCUGCAAACCUUGUGAGUGAAAUUUGCAAUUAGCAAGUUUUUGUAUCACGAUGGUUUCGAUAAGAAAAAAAAGUAAAAGAAGGACUACUCGCCUCCGUGCGAGAAUUGAAAAAAAAGCUGCUAGUUCUCGCAGAAAAGAAAGAAAGCUUGAGAAGAAGAACCCUCAAUGGAAAAGCAGAAUUCCGAAGGACCCUGGUAUCCCCAAUUCUUUCCCUUACAAAGAUCGUAUUUUGGCUGAUAUAGAGGCACAAAAGCGACAAAGGGAAGAAGAAAAGAUUGCCAACAGGGAAGCCGCUAGGUCACAAGGAAAUAUGGAGGAGGAAGAGGACAGUGAAAUGGAAGAGGAAGCUGAUGAGGAAGAGAGACCAGAUGGUGUUGAUCCUAUGAUUGCAAAGAUUGCCGAAGCAGCACAAGCUAAGGAUGCCGAGGAACAAGAAGCUGAGGAAGAGGACGAUGCUGUUAUGGAUGAAGAUGAUGAGAACGAUGCUCCUGCUUUGGUUGAUGAUGGCUCUUUGGACGCUUCCGAACGAAUUGUUAAAAGUGACAAUUCUAGAAAGGCUUUUGAUAAAGAGUUCAAAAAGGCUGUUGAGCUCUCGGAUAUUGUUCUCUACGUCUUGGAUGCUCGUGAUCCCGAAGGCACACGUUCUAAAGAAGUGGAGCAACAAGUUGUUGCUUCUGCUGCCGAGGAAAAGCGUCUUGUCUAUGUUGUCAACAAGAUUGAUCUCGUCCCCCCUGAAGUUUUGGACCGUUGGCUCGUCUAUUUGCGUGCUCACUUCCCCACUCUUCCUUUGCGCUCGUCUUCUGGAUCCUCCGGCUUUAAACAUAAGACAUAUUCUUCCAAUGGUACAAUUUCCGCCUUGUUGAAAUCUCUUAAGUCUUAUUCUUCCAAGAAAAAGCUUAAGACUUCUUUGACUGUUAGUGUCAUUGGUUACCCUAAUGUGGGUAAAUCGUCAGUCAUCAACGCUCUUGUAAACAGAUCUGCCUCUUCUCGUUCUACCCCCUGUCCUGCUGGCAGUGCUGCUGGUAUGACUAGGGCUUUGCGAGAAGUUAAAUUGGAUAGCAAGUUGCGUUUGAUUGAUAGUCCCGGUAUUGUUUUCCCAACCGCUAGUAAGGAAGAUGAACGUUAUCGCUUAGUAUUAUUAAAUGCUAUUCCUUCCUCGAAAAUUGAUGACCCCGUGCCUGCUGCAGCCUAUAUCCUUAACUAUCUUAACCGCAUUCCUGGUCUACUUGAGCGAAUGCUCAAUCAGUACGAACUUCCUCCUCUAUUGAAUACAUCUGAGUUGGACACUGCUACGGACUUUUUGGUGAACGUAGCUCGUAAACGUGGUCGUUUAUCUCGUGGUGGUAUUCCUAACUUGAAUGCUGCUGCCAGUAUUAUCAUUAAUGAUUGGCAUGCAGGACACAUUCAAUGGUGGGCUGAACCUGAAACUACCACCAAAGAGACUUCCGCCUCAGAUGAUAAGCAAGUUGUUUCUCAAUGGGCUAAGGAGUUUGAUAUUAAUGAUUUUUAAAAAAAAAAGAGUGCGCGCAAUUGAACUAUAUCUCUGGGUUAACUUUAAUACAUUUUUGUGAUGGUUAUUUAUAGGUUGAAUAUGUGCUUGCCGAGGUUAGGAUAAUUUGGGUUUCUUUGGUUCUUCAUUAUUUCCUUAAAAGGGUAGAUAUCGGAUUUUUUGCUUAUAUUAUCCAUGUUGUUCGUUAUACUGUAACGAUUUCUAUGUGAUUAUCGAUAUAAUUUAAAAUUUGUUAACAAUCUCAAAGUGUGAGUAGUAAAAAAGUAAUUGAGUCUAUA